UUCUUUUUUUCUUUCUAUGAUUUAAUUUCAUAUUAAUUCAGAUCAAGAAAGAGAUUAUCGGAAUCGAAGAUGAAGAAUACGAAGAAUAUUGAAAGAAACAAAAGGGAAAAAUACCCUUUAAUUUCUUAUCAAGAAUUACCAGAAUAUAUGAAGGAUAAUGAGUUUAUUUUGAAUUAUUACAGAGCUAAUUGGCCUCUUAAACAAGCAUUUUUCAGUAUUUUCAGUUGGCAUAAUGAAACUCUUAAUGUUUGGACGCAUUUAAUUGGAUUUAUUCUAUUUGUGGUAUUAACCAUAGCUAAUGCAGAGCAUUUAUCUCAAAUUGCUGAUUUUAUGACUAUGUUUAUCAGGAAUUUUCCAACAAGUGGAGAUGCGAAUAUCCCUCACAAUUCUAAGGGAGAAACUAGGUUAAUUGAUCAACAUUUACAAAUGGACAUUACAUCAACAAAUGAAGCAACAUGGCCAUUUUAUGUAUUCUUAAUUGGUGCAAUGUUUUGCCUUUUAUCAAGCAGCAUUUGCCAUCUUUUUUCAUGUCAUUCACAAAAAUUGAACCUUUUCUUAGUCCAAAUGGACUAUGUUGGCAUCACAAUUAUGAUCAUCACAUCCUUUUUUCCACCAAUGUACUAUAUUUUUCAAUGUUCACCACUUUGGCAAAUUGUAUAUCUCACUGGUAUCACAAUCUUGGGAAUUUGCACUAUCAUAACUCUCCUCUUCCCCGUGUUUUCGACCGGGAAAUAUAGGUCUUUUCGGGCCGGGCUCUUCAUGUCCAUGGGUUGUUUUGGUCUAUUUCCAGCAAUCCAUGCUCUUGUGGUGAAUUGGAGUGAUCCUAUGAGGAAUAUCACACUUGCAUAUGAAUCCGCGAUGGCGUUGUGUUAUAUAAUAGGGGCUAUUUUUUAUGUUAGUCGCGUACCGGAGAAAUGGAGGCCUGGAUUGUUUGAUCUAGUUGGUCAUAGUCAUCAAAUAUUUCAUACAUUUGUUAUUUUUGGUGCAUUGGCACACUAUGGUGCGGCAAGGAUUUUCGUGGAAUAUAGGACUCGAUUCGGAUGUCAUAAUAGAUAGAAGAGGACUAAUGAUGUAUUU